AUGAGCCAAUAUGUUCACGUACCCAAAUCCGAGCUGGACGAGGCUCAGUUGCGUGCCCUCGAGGAACAUGAGAUUAGCCAGGGUCCACUCUCAGUGCUGCAACAAGCAGUGAGAAAUCAUACGCAAGUCCUCAUUUCUCUACGAAACAACAAGAAACUGCUUGCUCGUGUGAAGGCAUUUGACCGACACAGUAACAUGGUUCUCGAGAAUGUCAAGGAGAUGUGGACCGAGGUUCCCAAGGGCAAGAACAAAAAGCCGGUGAACAAGGAUCGGUUCAUCAGCAAAAUGUUCUUGAGGGGUGACUCAGUUAUCCUGAUUCUUCGCAACACUGCGUAA